AUACAAUAAUCUUAUGAAUGUAAAAGAGGGGGGAACCAUGUCGGCUUCUGGCCCCAUAAGCAACUACUAUGUUGACUCCUUGAUAAGCCACGAGAACGAAGAGCUCUUGGCCUCCAGGUUCCCCAGCUCUGCCUCCCACCCGGCUGCUGCCCGACCGUCAGGAUUAGUCCCGGACUGUGCCGACUUUCCGUCUUGCAGUUUCGCCCCCAAACCGGCCGUUUUUACCACCUCCUGGGCUCCCGUCCACUCCCAAUCCUCCGUGGGCUACCACCCCUACGCUCCCCAGGCACCCGUGGGGGCCGAGCCCAGGUACAUGAGGACUUGGUUGGAGCCCCUCGCCGGGGCCGUCUCCUUCCCGGCCUUCGCCCCCGGUGCUCGCCCCUACGGCCUCAAACCCGACGCCUUCCCGGGGCGACGGGCGGAGUGUGGCCCCGCCGACGGCCGCGGCUACGCGGACUACAUGUACGCGGCUCCGGGGGAGCUGAGAGACAGAGCAGCGCAGACAAUUCCUUCCCCGGAGUCCGAAGCCAUCGCUUCCAGCAAACACAAAGAAGAAAAGCACGAAUUAGACCCUAACAAUCCCGUCGCAAAUUGGAUUCAUGCGCGCUCCACGAGGAAGAAAAGAUGUCCUUACACAAAGUAUCAGACCCUGGAACUGGAAAAAGAGUUUUUAUUCAAUAUGUACCUUACACGGGACCGGAGGUACGAAGUAGCCAGAGUCCUUAAUCUCACUGAACGCCAAGUCAAAAUCUGGUUUCAGAACAGGCGAAUGAAAAUGAAGAAAAUGAAUAAAGAAAAAACCGAUAAAGAACAGCAAUAAAGUUGGCAAAGUCCAGUCAAUGAGAAGCGAGGGUGGAGAGAGAAGAGAGAGAAAGAAAGAAAAAAAAAAAAAAGGAAAAACAAAAAAGGAAAAACCAACAAAAAAAA